UGCCGACCUCGAAAAGACCAUGGGUCUCCUUACAUUCCCCGAGAUUGUCCGUUUCGCCGAUGAUGCUCCCCCGAGCUCGUCCCGUCCUACUCUUCCUCGUCCACCGCUAGACGUGGACGCACUGGACAGACUCAGCGACCCUGCAUUUCAGCCUAUUAUGGCCCUGAUGAAGAAAAGUCAACGAGAUAAAGUUGCUCAGGAGCUCAAUGCCGCCAUUCUGGAAUCUCAAGGUCAAGGAAUGGAGACGAAGCUGGGUGGAUUGGUGAGACUGAUGAGCUGGGGAGAAGAAAGAUUGGAAAAGGCUGGGAUCGGUUUACCAUUCGAGGAUAGGAUGAAGGGGAGAGCAUGGGCUGAUGCCGUAUUGAGUCGGCAGAGCUGAGAACGCCGUCGAGUUGUUAUGGUUCUCGUUGUAAAGUAUCACUCUCGGCACGAAACUCACGAAACUAUGUGUUGUAAGAGCCUCUGCGUCACUCACAUAUUCAUGUCAUGUAUCUUAUAUAUACGAGGUCAGAAGAUUUUCGGGCGAUCACAAAAUCCUCGUCGGCUACUAAAAAAAUUUUGGUUCAAAGUCGCGCGUCCACUCAACAUUGAUCAAAUAAUCUCAUCUUUGGUAGUCGAUAAGAAGGGGCUCUUGGAGGUCUUCAAGCUGGAAUUCUCGGGGAAGCAGGCUCACGAUAUAUAUGACAGUGAACAGCUUGUAUUGAACCUCACAUAUCUCAACACUCCCUACUUCCCAUAUCGACCCCCAAGACCAACAGGAGACUUCCCUUACCAGUAUCCUUCUCCCCCGUCUUCUGGCCAAUCUCUUCCGCCAUAUCAACGGUCAGCGACCUCGACAAGCCAUAUUCCGGGGGAUCUCUUCCUUUCUAAGCUGGACCUCCCUGAACGCCCUCUGACGCGUUUCAACACCCUCCCAUCCAUUUACAAAGGCUCUCCUCUCACUGGACAUACGUGCAGAUCUCACACGAUCUCUAUCGAGCUCCAGCAAGCAAGCAAGCGACAUCGUAUCGGUGUACCCGGCGAGAACCCAUCGCGCUCCUUGCAGACUAGCCGAGGUGAGCAAGCUGUCAAGCAGCUCUGUUGAGAAGGCCAUUUCCCCUUUUCUUGCUUCCUUACAUCAGGGGCUCCAUGGGCUUGCUUACGUCGUUCGCUCUGCUCUGAAUCCACGAUACCGCCUCCUCAAAAUUGAAUAUACAAGAAAAAAUAUAAACCGCUC